UUCCUUGUCUAACCAAAGAACCAACCAACAAUUCAAAAUCAUCAAAAACAAAUAUUAUUGUUUUUGUUUUCAUAAAACAGUUCACAAAGCUUCUUAUAAUUCCUAUGGUGUCUCUAAAUCCAAACCUACAACCUCAAGAAUUCUACAAAGAUCCUCUGAAAAUGGGUCUUCCUGGUUUCAAUUCUCCAUUAACACCACCAACCAAUACAACAACAAGUACGGCUAUAACUGCAAAUACCACUGCUUUAACAUCGGAGGAUCCGAAUAAGAAGGUCCGAAAGCCCUACACCAUUACCAAGUCCAGAGAGAGCUGGACUGAGCAAGAACACGACAAGUUUCUCGAAGCCCUGCAACUCUUUGAUCGUGACUGGAAAAAGAUUGAAGCUUUUAUCGGGUCGAAGACAGUGAUCCAGAUACGUAGUCAUGCACAGAAGUACUUUUUGAAGGUGCAGAAGAAUGGGACAAGUGAGCAUGUACCUCCACCUCGGCCGAAGAGAAAAGCUGCUCAUCCAUACCCACAAAAAGCCUUUAAAAAUGGUACAGGAGCAAUUCCAUCUUCACCUGCUCUGCUUGAACCUGGAUGCGUUCUCAGGCCAGAUUCAUUGCCCGUCCCUAGAAACACAGUUAGCAGUGCAGCUUUGACUUCCUGGACCUACAAUACUGUGCCGCCAGUGAGUGUGCCACAUGAGGCCAAAGAUGAUACGGGUUUACGUAUGCCAAGUAUGGCACAUAAUUGCUCUUACUGUUGUAGCAACGAGAGCAAUCGGGAGAUUUGGCCAACUGAUGGUACAAAUGUUCAUGAAAAAGGGAAAUACAGGAAGCCAAUGAGAGUUAUGCCAGACUUUGCUCAAGUAUACAGCUUUAUUGGCAGUGUGUUCGACCCCAAUGCAAGUGGUCACUUGCAGAAAUUAAAGAAGAUGGACCCAAUAAAUGUUGAGACGGUACUGUUGUUGAUGAAGAACCUCUCUGUCAAUUUGGCAAGCCCUGAAUUUGAGGAUCAUAGAAGGUUGAUCUUGUCAUAUGAUAUUGCCUCUAAGAAGGCUAAAUUCAGUAGCCCUUUCAACAAUCUCCAUUCUGAUAAACUAGACAGAGCUAUAUUAUCUGUGUAGGAAGUGAAAGGUGAAUAAAUGCAAACGCGGGAAAACAGCUCUGGUUGUCGACCACAACUGAUAGCAUUGAGAUGCUUGUAUGUGUGUAUAUAUGGCGUAACAAUUACUAUCAAUUAAGGAACUCUCAGUCCACUGCUAGGAUUAUUGAUAAUACCAUUGUGGGCUUUUAAGUUGUGUAUAUACGUAAGUUGUGAGCUUUGGAUGCAAGUCUUUCAAGUUUUGACUUUAUAUUGCACCCUGAGAGACUUUUCUGUCAAAGAGUUUCAGAUGUGUGUUUCGAUCUUGAGUGUAUGUCACUGUUAUAUUGAACCAGGAUUGUUUUUGAGGCUUUGCUUUGUGAAAUGUAUUUGUGGCAAUAUUUCAGUGUAAUCUACAGGAUUCUUUCGUCUUU